AGGCUUUGUGGAGAAGAUAGGGGGGCUCUUUUCCAUCCUAAUUUCUGAGCCCGGGUCCCACCGCCUCGUUGGAUGGCCAGCUCUCUACUGAGGAAGCAGCUCGUAUCGUUUUUCUUUUCUUUUUGCCCGCCAUUCUUCCUCCUCCUUUCACCCGCCCCUCCCCUCCACCCGGUGUUGUGUGCUUUAAUGUAUACAAUGAAGGAAAGAAGAAGUCGAAAGAGAACUGCCUUGCGCUGAUGUCAGGAGUAGGGCUGGCUCAGAGGAGGGUGUGAUUGAGUUUGCUUGAGCUUUAGUCAGCCCUCUGUAUUUUGUGCUGCCAACUUCCAGUGUGCUGCUGAGCCGGUCUGCAAAGCAAGGUUGGACCCAGAAGGCUCACCUGCCUUUUUCCACAAGGAGCCACACCGAAAGAUCCUAGGUGCCUGGGGAUUCCAUUUUUCAGAAGCAGGCGUAAAGUGGAGCAAGGACAGCAGCAUGUCCGACAGCAAGGAAUGGGCCACGCUCAGCCCAGAGGAGUUCACCCAGCUGCAGAAGUACAUCGACUACAGCAGCAAGAAGGUGCAGGACGUGCUGCAGGAAUUUUAUGGAGACGGUAAAUUGUCUGAGCACCUUCAAGGAGAUACGAUAGACUUCGAGGGCUUCAAGCUCUUCCUGAAAACCUACUUGGAAGCAGAGGAGAUCUCAGAUGAACUUUGCAGCCAUCUCUUCAUGUCUUUCCAGACUACGGCAGGACAGGCCACAGGAGAGCCAGGAGUGCAACCAACCAGUGGCUUUGUUUGCGUCAAUGAUGUCUCUUGUUACUUCUCUCUGCUGGAAGGUGGAAGGCCAGAAGACAAGCUGGAAUUCACCUUCAAGCUCUAUGACAAAGAUGGGAAUGGCCUGCUCGACAGUUCAGAGGUGGACCGCAUAAUCACACAGAUGAUGCGUGUGGCUGAAUAUCUGGACUGGGACGUCACUGAGCUUAAGCCAAUCCUGCAGGAGAUGAUGCGAGAGAUUGACUACGACGGCAGUGGCACAGUGUCUCUAUCUGAGUGGCUCCGCGGCGGCGCUACCACCGUCCCCCUCCUGGUGCUACUUGGACUGGAAGCUACCAUGAAGGAUGAUGGGCAGCACCUCUGGCGCCUGAAGCACUUCAACCGGCCCGUUUACUGCAACGUGUGUGAGACGCUUCUGCUGGGGCUGCGCAAGCAGGGGCUGCGCUGCACUUUUUGCAAGUACACAGUGCACGAGCGCUGUGCCCGCAAAGCCCCACUGAGCUGUAUCAGCACCUAUGCCAAGAGCCGUCGUGACACCAGUGCACAAGCCCACAUCUGGGUAAGAGGCGGCUGUGACGGCAGCAAGUGCGACCGGUGUCAGAAGAAGAUCAAGAGUUUUCAGAGCCUGACAGGAAUGCACUGUGCCUGGUGCCAUCAGAAGAUCCAUGACGAGUGCAUGUCUCUUAUGCCUUCAGCUUGUGAUUGCGGGGUCCUCAGAGAUCAUAUCCUGCCACCUUCAGCAAUCUACCCUGUUGUGCUGGAGCGACAGAACAGUCAGAAGAACGGAGUCUGUGGGACCCCUUCAGAAGAGCCAGCUCAGCCCUUCACCACCCCUGAGGGACAGGCACUGCGGAUCAUCCCGGUGCCUGACACUCACCCCUUGCUUGUCUUUGUCAAUCCCAAGAGUGGUGGGAAGCAGGGAGAGAGGGUGCUGCGGAAAUUUCAGUACCUCCUCAAUCCACGGCAGGUCUACAAUUUAUUGAAGGGGGGGCCCGGACCUGGGCUGAACUUCUUCCGGGAUGUGCCAGAUUUCCGUAUCCUGGUUUGCGGUGGUGACGGCACAGUCGGCUGGAUCUUGGAUGCCAUUGACAAAGCCAACCUACCAAGUCGGCCUCCCGUGGCUGUGUUGCCCCUGGGAACUGGCAAUGAUCUGGCCCGCUGCCUUCGCUGGGGAGGAGGUUAUGACGGCGAGAACCUAGUGAAGAUCCUUAAAGACAUUGAGGCAAGCAGCAUCCUGCAGAUGGAUCGUUGGUCAGUCCAGGUGACGCCCGACAACCCUGAUGAGAAAGGGGACCCCGUCCCCUACGAGAUCAUCAACAACUAUUUCUCCAUUGGGGUAGAUGCCUCCAUUGCCCACCGAUUCCAUGUCAUGAGGGAGAAAUACCCGGAGAAAUUUAACAGCAGGAUGAAGAACAAGCUCUGGUAUUUUGAGUUUGCUACAUCGGAGACCAUCUUUGCCACAUGCAAAAAGCUCAAGGAGUGCCUGUCUGUCGAGUGCUGUGGGCAGCCUAUUGACCUCAGCGGAGCACUUUCCGGAGUAGCAGUCCUCAACAUUCCCAGCAUGCACGGCGGCUCCAACCUCUGGGGUGAGACCAAAAGACCUUUGGGGGAGGCGGCGGCACGAAGCACAGCAGGGGGAGCCGCACAGCCCCAGGUCAUCAGUGAUGCCGAAACUCUGAAGAACUGUGUACAAGACCUAAGUGACCGGCGGAUGGAGGUGGUGGGCCUGGAAGGCGUCUUAGAGAUGGGACAGAUUUACACGGGACUGAAGAGCGCGGGCAAACGCCUGGCCAAGUGCUCCGAGAUCACACUGCGAACCUUCAAGCAUCUCCCCAUGCAGAUUGAUGGAGAGCCCUGGAUGCAAGCCCCAUGCACGAUCAAAAUAACCCACAAGAACCAAGCCCCAAUGCUCAUCGCUCCACCUCCCCGAUCCUCCAGCUUUUUCGGCUUGAAGAAGGGACCGCAGGAGCCCUAAAAGAAAAAGCGCUUCUGGGUCUAUCAGAAGCCACGGUGAUGCAGCUGGAGGCCUGUUGUCGGGAUGCCCAAUGCUCUUGCACCAUGGGGGGAAGCCCUGCUCUCUAUCACCACCACCAAACACAAACAGUUGAACAAGGUU